AUGGAAGAUUACCUGCGUGUUAAGCUCGAGGAUAUGGAGAAGAGCAAGCGUGAGGUCGAGUUUGAGUUGUUCCGUCUCAAGCAGAACGAGCAGACUGGCUUGGUGGCAGAGGUGGAGGCUAUGCAGGACACCAUCAACGCAGCUUCAAACAAGAUCCGCAACAAAGACGCCAUCAUCGCCGACGUGCAGAACCAACUACUCAAUGAGAAGGAGUACUCAUCAAACCUUAAGAGUACCAUCGACAGUCUCAAGCAAGUCGAGGCCCACAAGAACAGCCAGGUGAUGACUGUCAAGAAGGCGGCUUCCAACAAGCAGCAAGCCGCGCAGGACACGAUCCAGAAGUUGCAACGUCAGCUGGAUGAGAAGUCGAAGGAGGUUGUGCGUUUCAGCACGAAGUGGAAGCGUGCCAAGUUCGACUACGACACUUUGCGCAAGACGCUCGACACUGCUGGAGCCAAGCGCAAGAGUGAUGACGUCGAGCAAGCACCACCAAAGAAGCAGUAUCGUGGCGCCUGCGUUGAGGAUUCGUCUGGUGAUGAGGAUGAUGAGGAGCCAUUGUUGCAGCAGUGGACCCGCAAGACGGCUGUUCCAAUCGCUGGCAUGGCGAAGAUCAAGCUGGAGAAGGAGGAUGAGUAG